GAAAGGCCCGCGCCGCGCUUCCCGGUGGGAGCAGCUCAGCCGUGCCGAGGCCCGCGGCGGGGAGGAGGAUUAGCACUACUUCUCCGAAGGGCACGGUCAUGCCCGCGUGGGUCAUCGACAAGUACGGGAAGAAUGAGGUGCUUCGGUUGAAUCAGAACAUGAUGUUGCCCGUCAUUAACUACCCCAACGAAGUCAUUAUCAAGGUCCACGCGGCGGCCGUAAACCCCAUAGAUGUUAACAUGAGAAGUGGCUAUGGAGCUACCGCUUUAAACAUGAAGCGUGAUCCCUUACACAUGAAAAUGAGAGGAGAGGAAUUCCCCCUGACUCUGGGUCGGGAUGUCUCUGGCGUGGUGAUGGAGUGUGGCCUGGACAUGAAGUACUUCAAGCCUGGAGACGAGGUCUGGGCUGCAGUUCCUCCGUGGAAACAAGGCACUUUCUCAGAGUUUGUUGUAGUCAGUGGGAAUGAGGUCUCCCAUAAGCCCAGAUCGCUCACUCAUACUCAAGCGGCUUCGCUGCCAUACGUGGCUCUCACAGCUUGGUCUGCCAUAAACAGGAUUGGUGGCCUGAAUGACAAGAAUUGCAAGGGGAAGCGGGUUUUAAUCCUGGGUGCUUCUGGUGGAGUUGGGACUUUCGCUAUACAGGUGGUGAAAGCAUGGGGAGCGCACGUGACAGCCGUUUGCUCUCAGGAUGCCAGUGACCUUGUAAGGAAGCUUGGGGCAGAUGAUGUAAUUGAUUACAAAUCUGGCGAGGUCGAGGGGCAGCUGAAGACCUCAAAACCGUUUGAUUUCAUCCUCGAUAAUGUUGGUGGAUCCACUGAAAAGUGGGCUCUAGGCUUUCUGAAGAAAUGGUCAGGAGCCACCUACGUCACCUUGGUGACGCCUUUCCUCAUGAACAUGGACAGGCUGGGCAUAGCAGACGGCAUGCUGCAGACAGGAGUCACCGUGGGCUCAAAGGCAUUGAAGCAUUUCUGGCAAGGAGUUCACUAUCGGUGGGCCUUUUUCAUGGCCAGUGGUCCGUGUCUAGACCAGAUCGCAGAGCUGGUGGAUUCCGGGAAGAUCCAGCCAGUUAUUGAGCAAACCUUUCCUUUCUCUAAAGUUCCAGAAGCUUUCCUGAAGGUGGAAGGAGGGCAUGCACGAGGAAAGACUGUCAUCACUGUGGUUUAAAUACAUGUAAGGUUCAGCGUGGACUGCCUCUUUACGUUCUACCUGACAGCUCACGUUUUUUCUAGGCAUUGCUUUCAAAUAUUUUUUGUCCCCAGAUUAGACUUUGAUUUUAAAAAGGAACAUUUUGCCAGGAGUUCUACCCAAUCAGAGUGGCUCCAAUAGCCACGCCUCACCUGGCCCCACCUCUGUGGGGAAGCCCUCUGGCUUCCCGGGUAGCCCCCCAGCCCCUCCACGCACCCCUCGUGUGGAAAGGGCCUCGGUCAAGCCAGCGCAGAGAUGGCGUGAAAAUGAUACACACGCGCACACCGGGGGAGUGUUAAUGGAAGACAGACACCCCUGUGUUGAGGCUAAUGAUAAGGGCUCACUCUGAGCUUCCCGAUCCGGAGAGAAUAAACCCUGUGGUUGACAGAA